AUGGCAGGCGGAACAAGCAUCUGGAUUAGCAAGGAUGCAAAGAACGACCCCAGGGAGAUCUUCAAUCCCCGGUUGCUCUUUUUGCUCGUUGCUGUUUCCUGGGCUGGGUGUUUCUAUGGGUUCGACACGGGCAAUAUCAGCGGUAUCCUGACGCUGCCUUCGUUUGAGAAGGACUUUGGCUUGGACAAGCUUUCAACGUCAGCAUUGGACAACCGGAAGGGUACUAUCGCCGCCAUGUUAGCAGCCGGAAGCUCAGCUGGUGCGCUGUUGGCAGCACCCACAUCUGAUCUCCUGGGUAGAAAAUGGUCUGUGUUCAGCUGGGGACUGGUAUUCGUUGUUGGCGCCAUCAUGCAGAUGGUUGCCCAGUAUAACGUGCUACUGGCUGGCCGUUUCAUCGGCGGGAUGGGGGUGGGUGCCAGCUCAAUGUUGACGCCGCAGUUCCUAGCCGAGAACGCACCGCGGUCGGUGCGUGGAUCCAUGACGGCCACGUACAACCUGAUGAUUAUCAUGACCCUCAUGCUUGCUUUUUGGAUCAACUACGGGGUGGACCUUUGGAAGAACCCAGACAGUUCGCAGUGGCGGACUGCGAUGGGCAUCCAGAUCAUCCCUGGAGUAUUGUUGUGUCUAAUGAUCCCCUUUGUGCCAGAAACGCCGCGGUAUCUGAUCAAUCAAGGAAAGGCAGAGCAGGGGGUCAAGAACCUGUGCAAACUGCGCAAGUUGCCAGCAGACCAUCCGUAUCUCCAGACUGAGUACCAAGAGAUCGAGGCGCAGGUGCGACAUGAGCAAGAGUCACAUGCUGGACACAGCUACUGGGUUGUGUUGAAGGACGUUUUCACUGUGAAGAGCAACUUUCGGCGCUUCUUUCUUGUGGUGUGGCUGUUCUUGUUCCACAAAUUCACCGGAACAGAUUCCCUCAAUUACUAUGCUCCGGAGAUAUUUGAGCUCAUCGGGAUCAAAGGCAACGAUAAUACACUGCUCGCAACAGGUAUCUACGGCGUGGUCAAGUUCGUCUCCACCAUCAUCUACGUCGCAGUCCUGGUCGAUCGAAUCGGACGUCGCCGCCCUCUCCUCGUCGGUGCCACCAUGCAAGCCACGGCGAUGCUGUAUCUCGCCUUGUAUCUACGAUUCACAGGCUCUAACACCUCAACCAUCGGAGGCACGCCAGCAGGAGGCAUUGUCGGUGUAGUCUGGAUCUACAUCUACGCUAUCGGUUGGUCAUUUGGACACUCUGUUGCUCCAUAUGUGGUUGCCGCAGAGAUCUUCCCCAGCAGAAUUCGUUCCUUCUGCAUGUCCAUCGGCCUGUUCAUCGACUGGAUUGUCGACUACGGCAUCACACGCGCCACACCCAACAUGAUCACCAAUCUAGGCUGGGGCACGUUUCUAGUAUUCUCACUGCUGACCUAUGUCGGCGUUGUAUUCAUUUUCUUCUGUCUGCCAGAGCUGAAGGGCCGGUCCAUUGAAAGUAUGGACGAUCUAUUCGAGCAGCCCCUGUGGACGAUGUGGCGGCAUGCGUAUCCGACUGAGGAGGAGAAGGUGCGCCAAGAUGUGCGAGAAAUGAUGGACACGGGAGAGUACAAGGGGAGUGCUAUGCACAUCGAGGCUGCCUAUCGGACAUUCUUCCUAAUGAAGACCUUCACACUAAAUACGGGUGCCCAGAUCCCCGCCGUCGGAUUCGGGACCUGGAAAGCUGCACCGGGCGAAGCUGCUACGGCUGUUCGGAUAGCUUUUGAAGCUGGAUAUCGUCAUUUUGAUUGUGCUCCUCUCUAUGGGAAUGAGGCCGAGAUAGGCCAGGUGUUUAAGAGUAUCAAUGUGCCUCGUGAAGAAUACUUUGUGACCACGAAACUGUGGUCAUCUGAUCAUCGCCGCAUCACGGAAGCUCUGGACAAGUCCUUAGCUGAUCUCUGCCUGGAUUACGUCGAUUUAUACCUGAUGCAUUGGCCCGUGACACUCGAUCCGAACCCAGGUCCAGCUCAGUACGGCAAGGAAAACCGCAAGGUGCACGCGCAGGGGUGGGAUUUCACCGACACGUGGCGCGAGAUGGAGAAGCUGCUCACCAUGGGGAAGGUGCGUGCGAUUGGGGUGGCCAACUGCUCGACGGUGAAUCUGGAGAAGCUGCUCGCCAAGGCAACGGUAGUCCCCGCCGUGAACCAGACGGAGAUCCAGCCGUUACUUCCCCAGCGGAAACUGAACGAGUAUUGUGCCCAGAGGGGGAUCCACCAGACGGCGUUCGGGCCUCUCGGGGGCAGUGGGAGCACGCUGCAUCAACACCCGGUUAUUCAGAGGAUCGCUGCGAACAGAGGCAUCGAGACAGGCAAUGUCAUGCUCAGCUGGGGGGUGCAGAAGGGGUGGAGCGUCAUUCCCAAGAGCACGAGCAAGACACGGAUCGAGGCUAACCUCAGGGGCAACGUCGAGCUGAGCAAGCAGGAGAUGCAGGAGUUGGAUGCAUUGUCCUUGCCCAGGGGGAAGCGCUUCAACCGGCCAGACUGGGGGACGGUUAUCUUCCAUGAUGACGCAGAGGUGGACUUGGAAGAAUGAAUAGUACUUACCUGGAUACUGUUUUAUAAUGGGCACUG